AUGCAGAUCUCGACAGUCCUCUUUGGUCUGGUAGCUCUAUCGACGUCAACGUUCUCGACUGCUGCUGAGCCGCUUCCCUGGGACGGACGUGCACAGGGGCUUACAGUCGACACAUUAACUGGCAAGUACAUCACGAAGAUUCUAACGCAGCGCGACGGCGAAUCCAAGGGAUCUCCUGCUGACUACGUGACGGUCAAGGAAAAAGUUCGAUCUCCUGCCUACAAUGGUGAUACGGGCGUCAUUGACAUUGGAGUGAACGACAAGGCCGUGUGGGGCUCUGAGGUCUAUUCACGUCGUUCAGAGUUGGUGCAGAACAUCACCACCAACUCGACUGGCACCACCUUUUUCCGUGCGAGUGUGCUGAAGAACGACACGUUUUACUACCCGUAUAGCUGGAAGGUGAUCUUCCCAGAGUCGCAGCUCUUCGAGAUCCACGUGGAUGCCAGAUCGGAUUUCCCAAGCAUUCUCUACAAGACCAACGCUACCAAGGAGGCCCAAUGGAAGGCCAACUUCAAACUUGACACCUGGUACAACUUCGGUAUCGGUAUGAGGGCUGCUGCGGGAGGUAAGGGAACGGAACUGGAAUUUUACACAAGUACAGGGGACGAAGAUCUGGUGCUGAAUACGACGACGAAGAUUGCGUCCGAACUGCCGUCUUCCAUUGAAAUGCACUGGGGUCUGUUGACGCAGGUGAAGCAGUCCAAGACCGCCACGGGUCCAGUGAUGACUAAGAAGCAGGAGGUGCUCUCGUUCAGUGGUAUGUCGGCUGAGAGUGGAGUAGUGACAGCAGCAACGACCAGCGCCUCUAAACAAGCAAAAAGCACGACCGGAACUGUGGCUGGAGAAGCCGACGAGGUUCAUCAGACAGGUCAGAAGUCGUUUACAUUUUAG